UAUGAAGAAAACUACCCAAGUGUUUUUAGUCCUCUACACAAACACAAUCUUUCGCCUUUGUUGUUUAUUUAAGUAAAUCCAGACCAAGCCUAGUAAAUAUUGUUUUAAUUUUAACACUUCACACACCACUUAUAACACUUACAGUUCAUCCAGCACACACAACUCUGAUAGGUUUAUAUCCUGUAAUCCCUUAUAUUUAAAUCCACUGUCACUAACUCGGUUAACAAAAGGUCUGCAAAUGUCUAACGAAAUUGAAUAUGCAUAUAUAUAUACAUUAAAACCAUACACAUAUAUACAUAUGAAGUACAUGCAUGUAUGUAUAAUCCCUACAUCUAGCUAUAUGGAUUAUUCCUCGGGAGUUUAAAUAUUUGUUUAACUAAAACUCCAUUUCAAAAUUCAACUAUCGAGAUUUCUGUAAAUUGAAAAAUAUAUAUAUGAAUAAAUAUGUAUGUAUAACAUUACCAUCAAUGAAAAAUUGUUUAAUUUGGAUAAAAAGUAGAUUAUUUACAAAGUUAAUAUGGCAACUAGUAUCUAUAAUCAAGGCAUAUACUUUGAAAAUAGUUAUGAUAAACAUUCUGAAACUUGGUGGUCCAUAAAGUUCCAAGAAACGAUCGGUAGGUGAUGUGAGUAGGUGGCCCAGAACGAGGUGUCACUCUCAAUCACUCCAGUUGCUUCAACUGGCAACGACAUAAACCCAAUUUUACAAUUUUACACGAAACCCAGCCAACUCUCGUCGAAGCAACAAAAUGACAUGGGGGCCACGGGAAGAGGGUCUGCAGCAGCUCCUUCCGAUUCUUAAGGACUCGCAGUUGCCGGACACAGCCAUGCAGAUUGCAGUACAAACGAAACUGGAGGAGUUCAAUCACUAUCCGGACUUCAACAACUAUCUCGUCUAUGUCCUGACUAAACUUACAACGGAAGAUGAGCACACGCGCGCGAUGAGUGGCCUGAUCCUCAAGAACAACAUCCUUACGCAUGGCAGCAAUCUGCAGCCAGCGAUCGUGGAGUACAUCAAAGACGAGUGUCUGCAGGCAGUGGGUGACUCCUCGCCCCUGAUCCGAGCCACCGUGAGCAUCCUGAUCACCACCAUCGCCAGCUGUGGAGGCCUGCACAACUGGCCGCAGCUUCUGCCCUUGCUCUGCGACAUGCUCGACUCCCAGGACUACAACGUGUGCGAGGGAGCCUUCAGUGCGCUGCAGCUGAUCUGCGAGGACUCCGCGGGCAACCUAGACUCCCCAGGACUCAACUGGCCGCUUAACAUGAUGAUUCCCAAGUUCCUCAAGUACUUCGGGCACAGCAGUCCCAAGAUCCGCUGCCACGCCAUAGUGUGCUUCAACCAGUUCAUCAUCAAGAGAUCACUUACUCUAACGCAAGACAUAGACAGCUUUAUUGAGAACCUUUUCCACUUAUCCUCGGAUGAGGAUCACGAGGUGCGCAAGAACGUCUGCCAUGGAUUGGUCAUGCUGCUGGAGGUGCGGAUGGACCGCCUUAUGCCGCACAUGUCGCAGAUCAUUGAGUACAUGUUGCUGCGUACCCAGGACUCCGAUGAGGCCGUGGCCCUGCAGGCCUUUGAGUUCUGGCUGUCGCUAGCGGAGAAGAGCAACUGCAAGGAGCUGCUUGCUCCUGUUCUGUCCCAGUUAGCACCAGUUCUUGUACAUAGCAUGCGUUACUCUGAGCUCGAGAUUAUUCUUCUAAAGUGCGACGAAGAAGAGGAUUGUAUGGUGCCGGAUCAAGAGGAGGACAUCAGUCCGCGCUUCCACAGGUCUCGCAGACAUGUUGUAAACGAUGAAUUGGACGACGAACCGGAGGACAAUAAGUCGCUUUUGGAAUGGAACCUGCGCAAGUGCAGCGCUUCCGCUCUCGACGCACUAGCCAAAGUUUUCCGUGAGGAUUUUUUGCCCGUUGUGUUGCCCAUUUUAAAGGAAACACUCUUCCACCAAGAGUGGGUGGUCAAGGAGAGUGGUGUGUUGGCCCUGGGAGCCAUAGCCGGCGGCUGUAUGCAGGGCAUGGUUCGGCAUUUGGCAGAGCUGGUUCCCUACCUGAUAUAUUGUCUGUCCGACAAGAAGGCGCUGAUACGCUCUAUAUCGUUUUGGACGAUCUCACGGUACGCCAAUUGGGUGGUCAACCAGCCGCACGACCAGUACUUGAAGCCGCUUUUGAAGAAGGUGCUGAGGCAUAUUUUAGAUUCCAAUAAGGGCGUCCAGGAGGCCGCAUGCUCUGCCCUGUGCGUUUUGGAGGAGGAGGCCUGUACGGAUCUGGUGCCCUACUUGGAGUACAUUCUUAAGACGCUCGUCUUGGCCUUCUCCAAGUACCAGCACAAAAAUAUGCUGAUCCUGUAUGACGCCGUCGGUACCUUGGCAGAUUCCGUGGGUCACCAUCUAAACAAGCCGCAGUACAUUAACAUCCUAAUGCCGCCGCUUAUCGACAAGUGGAACCAGGUUAAGGACGACGACAAGGACCUGUUUCCGUUGCUGGAGUGCCUGUCAAACAUCGCCACUGCCUUGCAAUUCGGUUUUUUUGCCUACUGUGAGCCGGUCUUUCGGAGAUGCAUCUCCCUCAUUGAGCAGACCAUCAACCAGGAAAUGCUGUGCAAACAGAACCAAUCGUCUGAUCAUCCCGAUAAAGACCGCAUGGUUGUUGCCCUAGACCUGCUGUCUGGCCUAGCAGAGGGUUUGAAUCUCCACAUCGAGUCACUGGUGGCCAACAGCAAUCUCAUGCAUCUGCUCUUACAAUGCAUGCAGGACGUUCAGCCGGACGUGCGUCAAUCUGCAUUUGCCCUGCUUGGUGAUCUGACCAGGGUCUGUUUCCCCCAUGUGCAUCCCUUCAUGGCCGAAUGUUUUCCCUUCUUGGUGCAGAACUUGAACCCAAAUUUUAUUCCGGUGUGCAACAAUGUCAUCUGGGCCAUGGGCGAGAUCUGCUUGAAUCUGGGUGAGGAGACAAAGCAGUACGUAGGUCUGGUACUCAGCGACCUGAUCAUCAUCAUCAACCGCCCAAACACGCCCAGGAGUGUCCUAGAAAAUGCAGCAAUCACAAUCGGUCGUUUAGGUUGUGUGUGCCAAGUAGAAGUAGCUCCUUAUUUGCCAUCUUUUUUACGACAGUGGUGCACAACGUUACGCCGCAUUAAAGACAAUCAAGAGAAGUAUUCGGCCUUUAUUGGAAUGUGUCAUAUGAUCUCGGUGGAUGUAUCCGCCGCGGUACCCGACUUUAUAUUUUUCUGUGAUGCUAUUGCCUCGUGGGUGAAUCCCCCGCAGGAUCUGCGGCUGGCGAUUCAGAAAGUCCUUCAUGGUUUCAAGAUCCACGUAUGUGAACAAAACUGGUCUCGUUAUGUAGAUCAAUUUCCAAAAGUUUUGGUUGAGCGCUUGAUUGCCUUGUACAACAUCUGAGACCAGCCACAGCUUAUUUUAGCCUGUUACAAAUUCUAAUUUUCUAAUUGAAAGCUUAUGGAAAAGAAAAAAGAUGACAUUUUCAAGAAAUUAAUGAACGAAAAGAGACAAAAAAAUUUGGAAAAAUCAAAAAUAUUUGUGCACAAUUAAGAAGUAUGUAUUUCUUAUGGUUUUUACAAUAACAUAUUAUGUAAAAUUUAAAUUGUCAAAUAACAAUAAAAACCCUAAAAAUGAGUAACAUCCCUAAACGAAUGUCUGAAAUUCAGUGACUCAAUCACUUUAGUUUCUUGAAAAGCACUUUGGAAUUUGAGAACUGUACCUCGGUCAGAGAAAUAACGAUAAAAAAUGAAGCAACCUAAGAAGCUUUUACUUUUAUUAAAAUUGUUAUAUUUAUUGAUUUGACAAAGUUAUAAAAUUCAUAGAGUGACUUGAAGAGUUUUAAAAGAUUGAAAGCAUACAAAUGAAGUAUGUAUGUAUAUGGCUUUAAAGAUUGGCACACAGAAGUUUGGCUUAAAGUACUAAGAAAUAUACGACUGGCAUCUUUGCUGAGGG